AUGUUUCCUUCAGUUGGGCUUUUCUCUGAAAAUGACUGUCCUUUUCUCACUUUGGCCGGAUGUGAGCGACCUUACUGUCCCUACAAACACACCAAAGAAGGCAAUGGCACAGGUGUGCGUUCCGGAAGUGCGCACGCAACACCUGAAAAGGGUCAUGGCAAUCAUAACGCUGCUAGUAGAACCUUCCACAACCAGGAACAGAGCCACACUUGUCUUUCAGAGCUGGAAAGGAUCAACAAACAGAUUGAAGCAGUUAGAAAUGAAGUGGAGAAAGAACAAAAAAGACUGUCCCGCUACCAGUCCGAACAGGCUGAGAGUUCUGGUGUUGGCUCAGAAGAAUAUUAUGUGACCAGAAAAACUCCGUCAAAGGACCAGAAUGCAAACCAGCUGAAAUGUAAAAAGGCCACCGCUGCUGCCCACAAGUAUGUUCUUGAUCGAACCAAACCAAAAACUGAUCUAGAAUAUGACCCUUGUUCGAAUUUUUCUGCCGACCUGCGAUCUGGCAGCUCAACAGAUAAAAUGAAGUCAACCAAUAAAGCCGAUGUUGAACGUCAUCAACGGGACAAAGGAAAGGGUAAGAGUAUUUCUGCAGAUCCAGUUCCUGUUCCUUCUCACAAUUUUGAGGAUUCAGAUGAGGAAGGGGAACUAGUCAUUGACAUCCCACCUCUUGAAAAUGAUGGGGGCAACAGAUCUGGGACCGAAAGCUCAUUGGCCAGUGAAAAUGCAUAUUUUGUAAAGAGAGACCGGGAAUCAUCAGAAAUGGCCCAUUUUGAGACAGAUAUGCCAUUGAUUGAAAAGAGAGAAAAGAUUAGACCAGCAAAAAAGGGCAUGACUUGCAUCAAUGAACAACAGGUGUCACCAAAGUCCUUGUAUGAGGAGACUGAUGUGGUAAAACCAAGACACUCCAUGCUGCAAAGAGAAAAAAUGCCUUCUGAAGGCUUUGUUGCUGUCAGAAGUAUACCUACUGAAGGUGAACAAAAACCCUCUGUCUAUCCUGGGAUGGCCAACGAAGAACCUGAGUUAUCCAAGAAGACGAUGGAGAUUGCCUUGUCUGCAGAACAUAAUCAAGUGCUUCAUAAGAGCUUGAAACAAGACUUGGCUGCUUCCACGAAUGGCAAAUGCAAGGAGGAGAUCUUAAGCAAUGUGACUGAAAAUUCUCCACAAUUGUAUGAAAAUUCAAGGUCUUCACAAGUUUGCCAAUUGGAAAAACCUAUACUUGCAGCAGACAGUAUGAAUGCUGGUGUUGAUGAAGAGAAAACAGAAAAUAUUGAAAAUGUUCUAGACGAUAUUUCCAUUUGCCUGGACCACCUGAGGCGUGAAAGUGAAAAUAUUGCUUGCCGUCAAGAUGUAGAUGCUGUCCUCCCUGACACUACCCAUUCUGCUCCCAGUUGCUCAAAGAUGCAUGGAGAUCCUGCUUUACAGCCUGUCCUACAAAGACUGCCAAAGCAAACAGGACCUGAUGUACAACCAAAUAACUGGCUCUCGGGUCACGUUAAAAAAACGGACAACUUGCCCCUUAGACACUCAUCAGAGGUCCCACAAAAGACAUUGCAGGAUUACUUUCCUAUCACUUCCUCUUUCCCAGCCAUAACUAAGGAUCCUGGAUCUUUCCAAAACACUCCAACUUCUGUUGAAACAAAUUGGCCAUUUGCACAUAAAAUCCCAGCCGAACCUGUUCAAAAUGUACCUCUGUACGUUUCUGGAACCAACACCGCACCGGUUCCUUCUCUGCAUAUGGAGCCAAACCCAGCAUCUACAUCUACGGAUUUGACUGGGGGUCAGAUCCUGCAGAAACCACCUGCUCUGCUGGGUGCAACAGAUGGCCAGAUAACAGCUGACUCUAGUUCUUCAGAAGAGCUUAAUUAUUCAGACCUAGAACUUUCAGAGAGUGAUCCAAUGGAAGAGUGCUACAGAAUCUUUAUGGAAGCCAACAAGGCUGAAGAUUCCACCGUUCAAGGUGACAUGCCAGAAGAGGUUUCAAAGAUGUCUGAGGCUGAGACGGUCGAGGCCGAAAUGGUCAAGCCAGCUCCUGCUCAGAAAAAGAGAGUAGCCCAUGUAGCAAAGUUUGAGGUCAAUAAGGGCAAAGCACAGGUCAUCGUGCCCUUUAGAGAUGGUGGUUCUCAGCUGCCCAUGGCCACCCGGAUUCAGCAGUGCCAGAAGCGAGCAACAUCUCUUACAGCAGCAGUGAAAGGGUGUCAAUCCUUUAUUGCAGCCAAUGCACCCAAGCGAGUCCUCACACCGACUGUCAUUCAUACAACUGCUGUGCCAAACAACUGUGUGAAUAUCCUCCCGGUUGGAGCAACCUUGCGAAUCGGCCCAAACCUGCACCUGAUUGUCCCCGAAGGGAGCUGUGCUUUACCGGUCACGCUAAUUCCUGCUGCUGCUGCUGCUGUGCCUAUAGCACGUCCAGUCCAUCAGCCAGUCUCAAACCCACAGCCUGUACAACUAACCAAUUACACACCUGCUAAGGCGAUUCCCACCAAGCGCAAAGCAAAAGGGCAUGCUGAGGUUGGCGUAAAAGUUCCUCAUGAUGUGCGGCAGCGGUACGUAAAUCUGUUCGUGGAGGAGUUCCUGAAAACAUCCGCCACUGUGCAAGAUGCCUUUGAAAAGGCACUAGCAGAAGAGAAGACCGUGUUUGAUCGCAGCAUCAAUAAACUGAAGUAUCUCAGCAUAGCAGUGAAUGCACUCAAGAGGCUUAAAAAUCAAAAUGCAGCUCCUGCCAAAUUUUCCGGUGAAAGAGAUGCCCAAGCGUCUAGAGGAAAUGUGCCACUCAAUACUCAAGUACUCCUGCAAAAUGGUGACCCCACACUCUACAAUCAGCUGAAGGAGCAUGUUCUAACCAAGGCCCUGUUGAGGGAGAAUAACUAUCCUCACAAACACCCUGAUAAAGCUGGCUUUGCCAUUCUGUAUGGAGACACCAAAAAGGGCAGCGCUGACGUUUCCAGGAGAAUCUGUUGCCGCUGUGGAACUUCUUUCUCCAUUAGCCAGACAGGAAAGCACACUCGCAAAGAAGAAUGCAACUAUCAUUAUGGGAAAGUCCUGGAAAAUAGAGUUCCAGGAGGAGUGGAGAGGCGCUAUAGCUGCUGCGAGAAUGCAGUCGGGUCACCUGGGUGCCAAGUGUUCAAGCUCCAUGUCCAUGAUGCAGGGAGUCUCCAAGGCUUUGUAAGUUGCCUCCCUCAGACUCAUACGGGCUGCCCAGGGAUUUAUGCCAUUGAUACUGAAAUGUGCUAUACCACUCAGGGUCUGGAACUGGUGCGAGUCACGGUGGUGAACAGCAGUCUGCAGGUCAUCUAUGACACCUUUGUUAAGCCAACUAAUGAGGUCAUUGACUACAACACCAGGUUCUCAGGAGUCAGCGAGGAGGAUGUGAAGAACAGCAGCUCAUCUUUGCGAGAUGUACAAGCUGUGCUUUUGAGCUUCAUAAGCGAGGAAACAAUUUUGGUUGGGCAUGAAUUGGAGAAUGAUCUCUGUGCUCUGAAACUUAUCCACAGCAUGGUGGUCGACACAUCCGUGGUGUUCCCCCAUCGCCUGGGUCUGCCGCACAAGCUAGAGCUCAGAAGCUUGACAGCUGAGUAUCUGAGGAAGAUAAUCCAAGAGAGCGUGGAGGGACACGACACCCAAGAGGAUGCGAGGGCGUGCAUGGAGCUCAUGCUGUGGAAGGUGAAAGAGGAUGCUAAAGGGAAGAGAUGGUGACCUCCUGAAGAAGAAAUCUCAUCAUUGCUCUAACAUGCACUGCUGUACAAUUCUAACAUUUGCUUUAUAACAAUCUUCACCUGCUGUCUUGCUGGGAACGUAAGCGUAGAAGUGAUGAAUUGCUUCCUCAUAUACCUAAUAAUUUUUACUCCUUCCUUCAUUUUGUUGAUUAUUCAUUUUCAGAAAACAGGGUACCUUUCUUUGUUCCCGAGGCAGUACUCUUAUUCUUUGUACAGUUUAAUAUGUAUAUUUUCAGCUGGAAAUAUGGAAAUAAUGAUACCUUUUUAAAGUGUCCCGAAAUGACUGAAGGUACAAAAUUUGACUAAUUAAUCUUUUGGAGUAAAAUAUAAAUAUUAAAUGUACAAAAGGUGUACAGUUAACAGGACCACUUCAGCAACAAGGAAAAGUACGGGGUUUUUUUGUGGUUUUUUUUUUUUUUU